ACAUUGCGAUGUCAGUAGUUAUUUCUAACGUUUUACAUAGAACAAUAGAACAAAACUUAGCAAACAUGAAGUUCGUCAUUGCUGUAGUCUUGCUUGCCUUGGCUUUGGGUGCCAACUCCUCAGUUCUGCCCUGGGGACCAGUUGUUGUGGGUGGACCCCUACCCGGUACUGUAGUACUUGGAGCUCAUCCCCAUGCUGCCGUUACAGUAGCUGCCCACCCACCUCAUGUUGUUGCUGGCCCUGGACCUGUUCAAGUGGUCUCCGGACCAGUUCCUGUUGUAGUUGCUGCCCCUCAUGUAGUUGCCGCUCCACAUGUUGUUGCCGCUCCUGCUGUAGUUCCAGCUCAUAGUGGUACUUUCGUUGCCAAGACCCGUGGUGCUGUACAUGUUGCCCCAUUGGCUGGUCAUGCCCAAUCUGUGGCCUCAGUUAAUCUGCAACCUGCUCCAGGAACUGUUUAAAGUGUCACUUUAGAUAAAUUUAAAGAAAUGUCUGAUUUAAAUAAAUUUUGUUAGAUCGAAA